UUAUUUGCUAUCGAUUUUAUAUAUUAAUAUAUAUAUAUAUAAAUUAUAUUUAUUUUGACUAAAAUUACUUUAGGUUUGGUUUUAUAACAGUCAUCUUUUCAGGAUCAGAAACUUGUUUUACUGUCUAUAGAGCGCAUACCUACAAAAUAAGCACAAUUUCUUUUUGUUCGCUAUAAUAUAAUAUUUGACUAAACUACGACAAUAUAAUUAUAAAUUUAUUUAAACUAGUUUAGGUGAAACGGAAAUCUUAUAAUAACAAAAUUUGGGCAAAAUGGGUACCUGGGCGAAACGAGUUCCGUCCUUAUGUAGACAUAUGAUGUAUAAUAACAUAUACGAGAAAGUAACACUUGUCUAUAAUGGUAAAAAUUAAUCGAUGCACUAUGAAAGUCAAAUGUUUUCGAAUAAUAGUAAUUUUCGAAUAUUUAGUUAUUACCUUAUUGUUUGUGCCGUUGAUGUUCGGCCAACUUGAAGGCCGUGUCGUCCGACUCGCCCGUGGGCUUCACAAAUCGUCUUUACCCGUGGACUAUUUAAGAGCCAACAAAUGUUACCACAGACACAUUCAUCACUGCAGAGUUGUCCAUCCAGCAAGAGCAGCUACCGAUAGCAUUUAUACAUACAUAAUAUUCACCCGAUCUUCUCUCAAUAUGAUGCAGUACAGUCAAGUCGGUUUGGCGCUCCUGAUGACGAUCGCGUUCGUACUGCAGUGCACUUCGGCCGGUUCGCUCGGCUACAAUUACGCGUACGGCGUUAACGACCCGUAUACUGGCGACAUCAAGGACCAACAGGAGUCCAAGAACGGUGACCAGGUUAUCGGUUAUUAUCGGACCAUGGAUUCGGACGGUAUGCUACGCACUGUUAACUACAACGCACACCCCAAGACCGGUUUCCGGGCAGUGGUCAACCGCGAGCCAUUUUUCCCCGCGACGGUUGUAGGACAGCAGCCGUCCGGAGAAUUGUCCGACGGUAGUCAGCGACUGGUGAACAACGUACUGCACAACUCCCCGAUCGUGAACGAUUAUGCCCGAUUGAUCUGACGCAAUUCUCCUGCACCAAUCGCCAACGAACAACAAUAAUUAUAAAUUCCAUCAAAAUUAUUGUCAACGUAGUCUUUUUUCGAUAUUUAGACACUCACCGCAACAAUUUAUAAUAAAAUUUAA